UACGAGCUAGUUUAAUUUAGUAUUUUUGUUUAUAAUUCGGAAAGACCCAUGAAGGCAUGAUCAAUCUCAGAGGAGUGCGCGAGAGGUGCGGAUUGACCACGCCCUUGCAACUGAUAAGACUAGAGGGGCAAUAAUCUCAUGCAUUGGGGAGAUGCAAGAUCCUAUCUACAAAUGGAGUUUUACAAAAGCGACGGCAAAAAUACACCCAUGUGUUUAACAAACUUGACAUGUCCUUAAACCUUUUGAAAAUCAACAUAAACAAAUCGAUAUCAAAACGCAGCCCCGCAAUGCUCUGGUACCGCCUACCAACGUGGAGCAAUGCACAGGUGCACUCAGCGCAGUCAAAUGUCAAACGGCUGCUCAACCCCCCGUUCGCGACGUACGCUGUAAAGUACUGUACAGUCGACUAGAAUGUAUUGGUGUACCAAGGAGUUCAGGUACGCUUCAGACAUCAGACCACCUUCAUCAUCAUCAUCUUCGUGUGUCGACAUCGAUGAUAGACAUUAGAUCUUGCAGUCGGAAUAUCUCUUUCCGCAGUUUACAAACCAGUUACAUGUACGUAAACGCUGAGUCGAAGCCGCUUCCAAGCGCAAGCAACGACAAGCGAUACCAUUUGGAGGCUGUAUACCGGUUUGAUUUUGAAGUCAUCUCGUCUCGGCUCCUAUAUCGCCGAACUCGAAGGUAACAUUUUUUCUACGCCAAACUGCGGCACUUCCAGCAGGCCUAAUCAUAAAUUUGGCCCGGUGACCUUUUCCAUCGGUGCCAGACAAUGAAGGAUUCUACUCGUACCGGGAAGCCAUUGAAUUGAAUUUGGAGAGUGGGGGAGGAUCGACUAACAAUAGCAUCCUAUUAAUUCGCACUAGAAUCAUCUCACCAACGACGUCACAUCACAUUUACAAAAGGAGAUUAAACCCGCCCUAAUUAAAUUGAAAAGAAGGGCUUCCUAAGUUCUAGCUGGCUGGUUUGUGUGAUCUUGUUGGCAAGGACCACCAUACCCGGAUCCACUCUUUUAUUUUAUCUACUUCCCGAUGGUGGGUGCCUGCAAAAGUGAGGAAGGGGAAGUCUACACUACAAUUCAUGAGGUCUUGAAUAAUACAACAUCGUGUGUUGCAGAUAUUUGAAGUCAAGUCGAGAACUGGAUCUUCGUUUAGAGUUUAAACUCCAGUUUCGAGCAUUAGAUGAAAUGUGAAAGUUUCACACCAUCAUUACUUCAUUAGUUAUUGUUUUCCUUGGAAACAGAGUAAAACUAAAAGCAACAAGCAAGGUGAUAUCCACAGUGGUUGGGAGUCAUGUUUUAGAUUCAUUAUGAUUUGAAAUAUUUGUGUGAUAUUCAUCAUGAUUUUAAGUACCGGUAAGAUUGAACUGAUGUGACUGAGGUCCGGAAAUGACAAAGCUAAAUUGACCAUAAUCAGUGUCAAAUGGUGAACUAUUCCCAAGAUGGCCCACAUAUUUGGGAGUCUUCUCGCAAACGGAUACCAUGUCGUCAUUCUAGGCUUGGAUUCGUCCGGUAAAACUUCAGUUCUCUACCGACUCAAACUGGACGAAUAUGUGAACACUGUCCCAACCAUCAGCUUUAACACCGAAAAGAUCAAAUGUAAAAAAGGGUCGGCCAAAGGAUCGACGUUCAAGUUCUGGGACGCGGGCGGAGCAGAGAAGCUACGUCCUCUAUGGAAAUCCUACACCCGAGCAGCCGAUGCGAUUGUGUAUGUUGUUGACAGCACGGAAAAGGAGCGUUUUGAUGAAGCCAAGUUUGAAUUGUUCAAAGUGGCACAGCGUCCGGAAACGAAAGGCGUUCCCAUUAUGUUGAUCGCGAACAAGCAGGACCUGAGGCAAGCGGUUGGUGUAUCGACCAUCGAAGAAGCAUUGACUAUACCAGCGCUUAGAAAACAGCAACAUACGGUGAACGUGCUCGCAGGAUGUGCGUUAACGGGAGAAGGAUUUGAAGACGUUCUCGACACCUUGAAGGAAAUUAUUGAUAAGCAUCGGAAACUCCUGAAGCAACAGAAGAAAGGGAGAUAACCAAUGCAGGAGAAGGGUGGGCAGAGUUACCCUCUUUGGGGUAACAGCUCUUCAGUAUCUUUCUCAGUCGUUUUACACAGCAUUUUUGUGCCCCCCACAUAGCCCGCCUUUUGAAAUGUUUGUAACCUCAUACAUGUAUACAUUGUAGAUGUAGCAUUGUGUUUUUGCUGCCUUACAUAUAAUCUAUUGUACUUUGUAGCAGUCCUUGAAAUGUACGAAGUUGAUCAAGCUAGUGCACCAUUUUUAAGUGGAUUGUGUGUGAGAAAAGUCACUCAUGAGUUAUUAUACCGGUACAAGUGUUGUGUAUCUUAGUCACAUCUGCCAAUGAGGCUUGGAUUGAGAUACUUUCUCAGAAUCUCUUUUUUUAAAUACUUACACUACCUUGAAAAUGUGUGACACACAGUACACUAUGUAGAACCUUGGGUUUUUUGUUUUGUUUUGUAUUUGUUUUUAAAAUAAUUACACUGCCUUGAUAGUUGUAACACACAGUACAUUAAUGUAGCACCCUUGGAUGCACCUUUGCCAUUCAUUUUAAAUGAUUACCGUAAGUCUAGGUUGGUUAAUAAGCUUUUAAAAUGUGUGUGUUUGGUAUUUUUCCAACUGUCUUCAAAGUAGUGCCUGUAAAUGUAGGCCUGUUCAUUUAUCAAUCCUACAUCCAACUGAUAAUUUAUCCUUGAACAAUGUGUUUAGCCUAAAAAACAAACCUGUGCAUAUCACUUGUACGAAGCAAUCAUUUGAAUACCGGUAAUGGAAAGUGAACAUUUGCAGUGUACCUUUGUUCCAGUUGCUUAUUUACCUGGAACAUGUAUAUGAAUGCGCAAAGGAGUUGAAAUAUUUGUGAGAAUGGGCAUGUCUGAGAUGCUCACUGUUUUACUGUACAAUGUACAUCAUAUUUGACCUUAUAAUACUCAGUUAGUGCACUUUUGUGUAUCAGGAUGUACAGUUCCGUACUCUAUAACAGUUUAAAGACUAAUUGUGUAGACGUCAUAAACUCUUCUUAUCGCAUACCAGUAAAUUUCUUCACAAAAGUGCACAAGAACAAAAUACAUGAAUUCCCAACCCUCUAUAGUCUAUAGAAGGAGGAAAUGGAUAGUGGUUGCUUAAGCUGGAUUACCGUUACAGCCUGACGGCCCAUUCCGUGCAAACAUUUAAGAAAAUGUUCUCUUUUGAAUCCUUUCAUUUCUGUAUUGCAAGUUCUCAGAAUUGUAUCGAUUGUUAAAAGAACAAAUUUAUCAUCCAAACCAGUGCUUAAUAGUGAAAAUGAUGAGAAUUAUAGUUUUAUGUGUAAAUUGUACAUGUAAGUAAUAAAUACUAGUAAUGCACACACAAAGUGCUAUGAUUAUUUGAACAAAUAGGCAAUUUUUCUUUUAUAUUCUCUGCCCUAGUUGCCUACAGACAGUCACAGAAAGCACACUUGAAGUGCAUGAUCAGACACAACACAAUGCGUCAACUCAUCAAAGGAUUCGUUUCAAAGAAAACAUAUCAAUCGGCACUGCACCGUGACACCCUAUCAUUGUUGAAACUCCACUCACCUAAAACCACUUCUUUCUUUACUAUGUUAUAGUUACUAUAGUUACUACAAAAAACUAAAAGAAGAAAUAAAUCACAAAUUUCUAGAUUGAAAUGCUCUGCUAAUGAUGCAAAGCCAUGGGAAUAUCUGUUCAGGCAAUUACCCUGACCAUCAACCCAAAAAGGUGAUUAAAAAUCUAAAUUGCAAUUUUUUGGUGGCCAUGCAUCAAAAACAAUAUUUAGUAGCAAUUUGCUCAUUAUAGCAUCUGGUGUCCUCUUUAAGAAGUAGAUAAUGAAGGUGGUACAUGUACUUGUACACUAAGUAUAUUAGUAGCUUAAUUGCUGGCCAAAACUCUUGAG